UGGUUGUUCAAAGCAUAUUAGAGGUUCAAGGUUCAGUUCAAGAGAUAGAGGAAGAUUUACCAAGUAUGAACUGCAACUGAGGUCGAUACUUUCUUUUGGAGACUGGCGUUUCAUACUUUGCUGAUAUUUACCAGCAAUUAAAUACCUGAGAUUAACCAGUGUUUUCAUAGUGUUGCAUAUUGAGGCUUUAAAUUGAAUAUUUGUCUGAAGACUGGUUGCAUCUUUUCCAUCCAGGUUCUGAGGGCUGAGACCAGCUGCUGGCCAAAUAGCUAAAGGUGCUAAUCAUUCACACCUCCCAGCUGACACGGCACACUUAUUCUAAGCCAGUCUAAAAGGAGUAAAAUGACAGGAAGGAUCAAGACCCAAAGUAUUCAUUAAUAAAUAUAAAGCAAGAUUUUCCUUAUCUAUGCAAACAGCAUUCAUAUGCGACAGAUAAUGGGCCUAAGAGCUUAAUAUUUCAUUCAGACAAGCAUUUACUCAGCACACAAUGAUUCAGAGGAACUAUAAAAAAAACAAUAUUUUAACUUUUGUGUUGCAGAUCAUUCCAGGGCUUCAAUGAAUCCCUGAGUUUCUAAUGAUAAUCUCCGGCUUAAGGCCAGGCAUGUGGCCCCUUCAUGAUAGUGUUAUUUUCAAACACCUGCAGAAGCAUGAUGCUCACACUAGAAGAGCCACAUCACACCUUGUACUGGAGCAUGCCAGUUUCCCAUGGGACCCCCUGGCCAAGGUGUCAUCCCUGCUCCCAGAGCUCCUUAGGACCAGAGGUGGCUCCCAGGAGGUGACGCUUCACACUCCUCACCACAUAUAUUGAGCAGCCUCCUUCUCUCUUCUCAAUAUCCAGAGCAUCCUUCAGCAGAAACCCACUGACAGGCCAGCACCGCAGCAUCAACUGACAACAGGAAAACUGAUACUUCAGCAGCGACUAUGGAAAUGUCCUACUGUUCUCUCCAGCUUCAGAAGAACUCCUUGUUCUUUGAUUAUGAUCUUCUUCUAGAAAAGUCUCCAGCUUGUGAUCCAUCCUCAGAUCCUGGUUAUGCCAGCGCAGGCAGCAGCUUCUCUCCUACCUCCUCUGUGGACUCGUUUUGCUUUUCCACGGUCUCCCUUCAGGCCUUAGGAAAGGAGCAAGAUGUCUUGAACUGUUUCCGCUUCAGCAGCACGUUGGAGCCUCAACCAUCUCAACAAUCGGACACCGUCCUCAGCUCCAGGCCUUCCUCUUCAGCUAUCGUCCCCAUGAAGAAGUCCAGGUCCAAGUAUCCAAGUAAAAAGCGGCAGACUGCAAGCGAGAGGGAGAAGCUGAGGAUGAGGGAUCUGACCAAAGCUUUGCAUCACCUCAGGACAUACCUUCCUCCCUCCAUGGCGCCAGCUGGACAGCUAACCAAGAUCGAGACGCUGCGCCUCGCUAUUCGAUACAUUUCUUAUCUGUCGGAGGAGCUGGGGCUCUGCCAGGAGGUGCUGGAGCAGAGGAGAUCCUCAGACUUUGUGGAGCAGGCCCAAACCCUCAGCCAGUUCCUGGAUCAACCAACAGCCAUGAACACAGAGCAGCUGUCCUCUCUGCACCAUUCAUAUCAGGUACAGUUACAAUUUCUUUUUAUAUAAAUAAAGACACCUCUCUAUACAUCUCUGUAGUACAGUUAAAAUAUCUUUCUUUGUUGUUUGUUUUCAGGAUUUAAGUGCAGGUUACUUCACCAGUGAGGAGUCCUGGAAUCACCAUGAACAAUCAAAAGCUUUGGCAUUCACUGGACAGUAGUGAAUGCCGGUCCAGUGAAUGUCCUAAUAUAUGGACUAAACUUCUCAAGCUUCUAAUUUUGAACCAAUAAUUUUCUGUUGUUUAGUUACUUUUGUACAUAGAAAUAUGUAUUUAUUAAGUUUCCACAAUGUGAAGAAAAUAAACAUUAUUUAUCAUAAAAUCCCUUGUUGAUUUAAUUACUCCAAGCCCAAAUGUUCAGCUACACACAGCAUUCACACCCAGUGUUUGGCCUUUGAUUCACACAAACAUAGCAGCUGUCUGUAGGAUGUGUUAAACAGGUAACACUUCCCCUCUAAAGCUUUUCAGGAAAGAGUCCCACUGAGAGAAGUGACAGCUGAUCUAGAGCCAAUUAACCACCAUGUUUCUCAUUCUGCUUUUAAAGAUUUAGAAUAAAGCUUUUAUUGUAAUACAGUCAUAGUAUUCACUUGGUAGAUAUUACACAUCACCAAAUGUAAACAGAGGUAUAUAGUUUGUCACAGGACAGAGUUGCACAAACUCAAUGCUUUCCUUACACCUCAGCCUAGGUGUUAAAUCAUGACGUACUUCUGUAGACAUGCAUUCCUGAGUUGUAGUUAUCACAGUUCUCUGCUUUGCACACAUAAAACUUCAAUGUUUGCUAAUUCUUCUUUGCAAAAAAAAAAAAA